GGAAACCGCUAGGGAGGAUCCGUUCUCCCGGGAGAGGGAGUGGGGCUCUCUGCCGGGAUCGCAAAGGAGGCGUGCCGCGAUUCCGGGGCUGCGCGCGCUCUCCUGGGGAGGCCUGGGUCAAGUCGAGCGGAGCAGGGCUGGGCGAGGAGGGGCGGGCCUGUCGCCUUCCCCGAGGAGCCGGAAGCCGGCUGCCAGCUGCCGACUGCGGAGGCUAGCGACGUCGUAGCGGCUCUGGGCCGGUGGCUGGAUGGGCGCUCGGGGCGCGUGGGCCGCGGCGCUCCUGCCGCUCCUGGCCCUGCUGCCGCGGACCUUCGCCUCCUGCCUCUUCUCGGUGGACGCCUCCACAGCCACGGGGCAGCUGAAGCCUUUCUGGAAGAGCACCGGCUUCUGCCCUCCUCUGCCCCAUGAAAAGUCAGACCUGUAUGAUCUCGGCAAAGACCAGCAGCUCAAUCUUGCCUAUAUUGCAUCUAUCCCUCACCAGGGCAUUGAACAGGUCAGGACUCACUGGUUACUGGACCUCAUCACAGCCAGUGUCACCGAUGGGGACCUUCGCUACAACUUCACCAAUCUGGAUAGAUUUUUGGAUCUUCUCUGGGAGAACCAACUCAUUCCAGGGUUUGAGUUGAUGGGGAGCCCAUCUGGAUACUUUACUGAUUUUGAGGACAAGAAACAGGUGUAUGAAUGGAAGAACCUGGUCACCCUAUUGGCUAAGAGAUAUAUUGAGAAGUACGGCUUAAGUCAUGUCUCCAGAUGGAAUUUUGAAACUUGGAAUGAGCCAGAUCAUCACGACUUUGACAACGUGUCCAUGACGAUCCAAGGCUUCCUAAACUAUUAUGAUGCCUGCUCAGAAGGCUUGAGGAGAGCCAACUUACGGCUGAAGUUUGGGGGUCCUGGUGACUCCUUCCAUCCACUCCCUAAGUCCCCCAUUUCUUGGAAUCUACUCGGUCACUGCUACAAUGGAACAAACUUCUUCACAGGGGAGAAAGGUGUGCGCUUGGAUUAUAUCUCCUUACACAGGAAGGGAGGGGGCAGCUCUAUCUACAUCCUAGAGCAGGAAAAAGAAGUUGUCCAGCAGAUCCAGAGCCUUUUCCCCAAUUUCACCCAUGUCCCCAUUUAUAAUGAUGAGGCUGACCCACUGGUGGGCUGGUCCCAGCCUCAGAUCUGGAGAGCAGACGUGACCUAUGCAUCGAUGGUUGUGAAGGUCAUAGCCCAGCAUCAGAACCUGCUGCUGUCACAGGCCAGCAACACCCUGAACUAUACCCUGCUGAGCAAUGAUAAUGCCUUCCUGAGCUACCACCCACACCACUUUACCCAGAGGACACUGACUGCCCGCUUCCAGAUGAACAACACCAAGCCACCCCAUGUGCACCUGGUCCGAAAGCCGGUGCUCACUGCCAUGGGGCUGCUGGCUCUGCUGGGUGAAAACCAGCUGUGGGCAGAGGCUCAGUGUGAUGGGCUUCUGGUGGACAGCAAUCACACACUGGGAGUACUAGCCGCCUCCCACUGGCCCGAGGAGCCAUCUUCAUCAGACAGCUGGCAGGCUACCGUGCUGGUGUAUGCCAGUGACGACAAUCGAACAUCUGCCAACCUCAGCACAGUCACCAUACGGCUCAACAAUGUCCCACCAGCCUCUGACCUUGUCUACAUGACCUACUAUAUGGACAAUAAUCUCACCAGUCCUUACCUGGAGUGGAAGAAACUUGGCUCACCUGUCUUCCCCACCAGAAAGCAAUUUCAGCAAAUGAGAGAGACUGAGGAUGCAGUAACCACGGGUCCAUUCCCAUUUCCUGAAGAUGGCCAGCUGACCCUAAAGUGGGAGCUUCCGAUACCCUCAGUCCUUCUCCUUCAUGUGUGUUCAAGGCCACACCUUCCCCCAAACCAGGUGAAUGGCGUCCGAAUCUUGCCUCUCACCAGAGGGCAGAUCACUCUGCUCUGGGAUGAUAGCUGUGUGAACUCAAAGUGUCUGAGGACAUAUGAGGUUGAAUUCUCCCAACAUGGACAUAGUUACAGAGGGAUCAACAGGAAGGAGUCAACUUUCAACCUUUUUGUCUUUGCUCCAGACAAUGCCAAUGUCACUGGCUUCUACCGGCUCCGCGCUGUGGACUACUGGGGCCGCCCAGGCCCAUUCUCCAUCCCCAUUUACUACAAAGAGGCAGCGACAUGAGCAGGGUUGUCUGAGCAGACACAGAAGCAGCAGUCAGACAUAAAAACGACGGAACAUAUGGUCAUCCAUGAUGUCCCAACCCGAGGAAUCAUGGCUAGAUCUCAAUGAUUUCAGAGCCUAUGAAAGAGACUUCUGUAUUCUUCAAAGAAGACUCCCAGGAAGACUUGCAGAUGGCAGGCAGCACCAUAACCCAAGCAUUUGCCAUAAGGAUGGUGUUCUUGAAAUGACCGUGUACUUUUCCCACUAUGCUGAGAAUCAAAGGGGAUUAAAGAGGAAUUAGAUUAUAAGUCCUCUGGAGGUGGGGGAGAUGGCAUUUAUUUUGUGUGGGUAUAGAGAAUGCUUUUACUAACUGAUUCCCAUCACCAUUAUUUAUAUUGUUUCACAUCUUGAUUAAAUGCUUUUACUAUUGGAUUUGUCUCUUGUAUGGUCUAGCAAUAGAGAAUGCUUUUACUAACUGAUUCCCAUCACCAUUAUUUAUAUUGUUUCACAUCUUGAUUAAAUGCUUUUACUAUUGGAUUUGUCUCUUGUAUGGUCUAGCAAUAGAGAAUGCUUUUACUAACUGAUUCCCAUCACCAUUAUUUAUAUUGUUUCACAUCUUGAUUAAAUGCUUUUACUAUUGGAUUUGUCUCUUGUAUGGUCUAGCAAUAGAGAAUGGCUUGGAUGGGGGCUCAGGUUGUGAGUGGUGUGACUGACUGCCUCAAAUAGCCAUGCUGAACCUGGGCAAUAGCAAAGGA